AUGAUCCCUGAUUUUUUGUUAGGUAUUUCUCGUGACUCCAUCCACAAGAGGCGUGCGACUGGAGGCAAGCAGAAGCUAUGGAGGAAGAAGCGAAAGUAUGAGAUGGGAAGGCAGCCUGCCAACACCAAGUUGUCAAGCAACAAGACGGUCAGGAGAAUCAGGGUUCGUGGAGGUAAUGUCAAGUGGCGUGCGUUGAGGCUCGAUACUGGUAACUACUCUUGGGGAAGCGAAGCAGUUACCCGCAAGACCAGAGUCCUUGAUGUGGUCUACAAUGCAUCCAACAAUGAACUUGUUCGUACUAAAACUCUUGUUAAGAGUGCCAUCGUUCAGGUGGAUGCUGCUCCCUUCAAGCAGUGGUAUCUCAGCCACUACGGUGUUGAGGUUGGCCGUAAGAAGAAGGCUGCUGCUUCUGCCACCAAGAAGGAAGGAGAGGAAGUCGAAGAGGUAGCUGCUGCUGAGGAGACCAAGAAGAGCAACCAUGUCCAGAGAAAGAUCAAGGAGCGUCAAGAAGGUCGCAAUCUUGAUUCACACAUUGAGGACCAGUUUUCAAGCGGUCGUUUGUUGGCUUGUAUCUCUUCAAGGCCCGGGCAGUGCGGACGUGCUGAUGGAUACAUAUUGGAAGGCAAAGAGUUGGAAUUCUACAUGAAGAAGAUUCAGAAGAAGAAGGGAAAGGGUGCUACUGCUUAG